AUGAACGCGGACAGCAAUAAUGGCGCAUAUAACUUGAGGAAGAAAUCACGACAAACCGACGAGUGCAAGUCCAACGAUGAUUCAAUGUUUGCGGCACCGACAAAUUUAUCUGUUGAUCAGAAGACUGACUGUGGUUCGAUGUCCAUGAUGGAAGACAAACAGUACUGGUGUGAACAAUGGGUCCUGGCUCAUCGUGAAGGAAAUAUCCCUGAAGAAAAAAAAUAUGUCGCUAAGAAAUGUGUUGUUACGAAUAAUUCAGAUGAUACAGAGUCGUAUAAGUCUAGCUUGGAUUUAAAUAACUUGAAAGAAUGCAAGUUGCAACAACCUAAAAAAAAGAAAUUGGACUUGGAUCGGGUAAUAAUGAGUUACUGUUGUAGUUGGGUAGAGUGCAAUUAUGAAUCAACUUGCAUAAAAGAUUAUCUUCUUCAUGUUGCUGAGCACGUUGAUUAUUUAUGGACUGAAGAAUGGCAGGGUUCUAAAGAAAAAUGGUUUACAUGUUCAUGGAAUAAUUGUACGUUCCAAUCAAACUGUGAAGUAAAAUCUACAACUCAUGUAAAUUUCCAUGCAUAUCACACACGGCUUAAAUGUAUCGGCUUGGCUGUUUUAAAACUCUGUGAAAUACCUGGAUGUAAGUUGAACGGUGAUGGUGCUAACAUCUUACCAGAUUUACCAAGUGAAUUUGAAUGUAAUUGGAAAAAUUGUAAUGAUCGAUUUGAAUGUAUGCAAUACUAUGCAUAUCAUGUGGCUCAACAUUUAGACUUCACAACAUUCAAAAAUUCCAACUUCAUCUGCCCAUGGACAGAUUGUACUUCACAAUUUACUGCACGUUACCGAUUAGUUGAUCAUUUAAAAAGCCACACUCAAGAAAAAUCAUGUGCUUGUCCUAACUGUGGUAUUAUGUUUGCCACUUAUACUAAACUGAAAGAUCACUGUAGGCAAUCAAAUAAAGACAAAAGCAAUCAAUGUAAAUGUUGUAAAAAAACAUUUUCAUGCGAAAGACUUCUAAAACAGCAUGUUCGCCUUCAUAUAAAUUAUUUUAAAUGUCAUCAAUGUGAUGCAUCAUUUGCUAGAGCGAUACAAUUAUCCACUCAUAUACGUUACCGUCACUUAAAUAUAAAACCAUUUGGAUGUCAUUUAUGUAAAUCCAAGUUUGUGCGCAAAGUAGAUCUUACUACACACUUACGAAAACAUGCGCCAGGCCCGCUUUUCAAAUGUUCAAAGGAUGGCUGUGAUUUUUCAUGCCGAAGCGAGUACACGAUGCGAAAGCAUAUUGGAGUAGAACAUUACAAUGCCGAAGAACUGUAUAAAUAUUAUUGUCAUAUAUGUGGUGAUUUGUUCCUAAGAGGUUCAUUUCUAACCAAGCAUUUAAAAACAGAUCAUAACUUCCAUAAACCAGCUGGCUUGAAACGUUUCAGGUACAUUGAAGAUGACGAUGGGUAUUAUAAACUUCAAACAUCAAGAUAUGAAUGUCUAGACAUACAAGAACAAAAGAAAAUUAAGUUGAUCAAUCCCAAAAAUGUGGUUGUCAAAAAAAAAAGUCAGACUACGGGCAAUGGUAAGCAAGCAAUAGAGUUUGUUGUUGAUAUUUUAUCAUGUACAAGUGAUGAAGAAGACAUUGAUGAUGAUUUGAUGAGUAAUUAAAGAUAAAAUUGAUUUAUCAUUAUUAUACAAUAUUUAAGAUAAACAAAAAAACUAUUAUAUAUAUUAAGAUUUUGUGUGAACUUAUGAAUUCUAUUUAUUAUUAAAAUUAAAAUUUUAUUCCUAAGAUUUUCAACAUAUUGAAAUUGACUGUCAAUACAAUCACUAUUAUUUACUAAUUAACAUAAUUUGUUGUAGGUUUGCCUCAGAAUGAAAAAUAAUUAUAUUUAUUGAUUAGUGAUAAAAAUGUAUUCAUGUGAUAAUAAAGUAUAUAUUGAUUAAAGUAAAUUGAUUUGCCUUUUCCAAAACUUGUUUCUAUAUAUCAUCAAACAUAUUUUAUAAGGAGGACGCUACGCCCACAUGUAUGAACUCCACCACACAUAUGUACUACAUAGCAAAAACUGUUUUUAGCGAACCAACUAUACGUUCUCUGUAUUCAUAGUUAAAAUUCCACAAGGCUCAAGGAAGAACUUUAUGUUUGUUGUAGAUUUUUAUUUUUUGACUGCACAAAUUAAUCAUGUAUAUAAUAAAAUUGAUACAACUUUUUAUGUUCUUAAAGUGAUAACUUUAAAUAUAUUUGUGUUAUCCUUAUAAUAAAGUUGCCCGUGAGUCGUGGAAUUUUGGGAAUUCUACUAUAAAUACAGAGGAAGUAUAGCUCUCCCAUGCGAAACUGUUUUUGCUAUGUUGUACAUUUGUAAGAUGGAGACAACACAUUUAGAUGUAGCGUCCCCUUAGAUUUAAAGUCCAAAAGCAUUAUUAAUUAAAUGCAGGUUGU